AUGCAAAGGAUGCGCCCCCCCCCCCCGCCCAUUGGUCUUGACCCACGACCUGGUGCCCAGCGAGGCCGCCAGCAAGUGAGCGCACCAGCUCUCUCCGGACCACCUACGGCGCGGCGCGGCGCGGCCCUGCCCUUUGCCACCCGGGCGCCCCAAGUGAGCUCGGCUCUCCGCGGGUCAUCGCCAGGCUGCACAGCCGAGCAAGCUCAAUGGGGCUCCCUUCCCGAGCCCCGGCCGCCGCCGCCGCCGCUGCCGGCCCACGAGAGCCCCAGCCGAGCGCGCAACUCUCCCAGCCGCCGAGGCUCCUGGCCCGCUCCCGCCUCCUGGCCGCGCCCCUCCCUCGCCGCCUGUCCCCGCCUCCCCUCCGGCCCCCUCGUUUCCUGCUGCUGGCGGAGGCCGAGGGAGAAGGUGGCGGUGGAGGCGGUGGACGGAAAGAAGAGGCGCUCCGGAGACCGAGAGGCGGCCCGCCCGCGCCCCCCGCUUGUCCCCGCAGGAAGUCCAGCGCCGCCGCCGCCGCCACCCCCUCCUCCUCCUGCGUCCUUGUCCCCGUUUUCUUUUCUUUCUCUCCCCCCGUCCCUCCUUCCUCUCCGGCCACUUUCGUCCCCCACCCCGGGACAAUAG